CCGAGUCUUGGGACACGUUAACAUCGGUAUGGCCGAAGAUCUGCGACACUAGAAAAGCUCGAACUCAAACUUUGCUAACUUACAAGGGGAAAGAGUCUGUCAGGAAUAACCUGCUCAGGCUCGCCGAGUCCCUGGGAAACGUUAAUUUUGAAAUACGCGUGGAGAUCACAUUUCGCAGACUUCGACACGUUCCCCCCCACCUCCAACUGAGCUCUGGAGCAGGCUGUAAUGGAGGCCACAGAGAAGACAGACACUUGCCUCACCCGAGGUGUGAGUGAGCAGCCUUCGCCUGAGCCCCGCAGCUGAUUUAACUCCUACUUCUACAACCGGCACUAGCAAAGACCAAUGUUCAGGGACCAAGUGCAACGCACGGACUGGAACACCUCGGUCCAGGUACAAAAUGGGGAAGGAUUAUUAUAAAAUCCUGGGAAUUCAGAAAGGAGCGUCAGAAGACGAGAUUAAGAAGGCGUAUCGAAAGCAAGCCCUGAAAUACCACCCUGACAAAAACAAGGCUCCGGACGCAGAGGACAAGUUCAAGGAAAUUGCGGAGGCUUAUGACGUGUUGAGCGACCCCAAGAAAAAGGAUAUUUACGAUCAGUAUGGAGAGGAAGGAUUGAAAGGAAGUGCAGGCGGUGGAGUUCCCAAUGGCAGCAGCUUCCAGUACACGUUCCAUGGUGACCCUCACGCAAUGUUUGCUGAAUUCUUUGGUGGGAGAAACCCCUUUGACAUGUUUUUUGGACAAAGAAAUGGUGACGAUGACAUGGAUAUGGAUGAUGAUCCUCUAAGCUCGUUUGGUGGAUUCUCCUCGAUGGGGGGCAUUCCUGGCAUGCAAGGCAUGGCUGGCAUGCAAGGCAUGGGUGGCAUGCCCAGCUUCCAGCGCACUCAUUCGGCUAAGAAACAGGACCCCCCGGUGUUGCACGAGCUGAAGGUUUCCCUGGAAGAGAUAUUUACAGGCUGUACCAAGAAAAUGAAAAUCCGUCGGAAAAGGUUGAGCCUCGACAGACGGACCUCCAGGAUUGAAGAUACAAUCCUGACCAUCGAAAUCAAGAAAGGCUGGAAGGAAGGAACAAAGAUCACAUUCCCAAAGGAAGGGGACGAAACGCCAAACAACAUUCCAGCCGACAUCGUUUUCGUCCUGAAGGACAAGCCACACCCGGUCUACAAGAGGGAUGGCUCUGAUAUCAUCUACUCAACCAAGAUCAGCCUCCGCGAGGCACUGUGCGGCUGCACUGUGAUUGUCCCCACAUUGGAUCAUCGAAACAUUCCAGUGGCCUUUAAGGAUGUCGUCCAGCCAGGCACGAAGCGGAGGAUAUCGGGAGAGGGCCUGCCGUUGCCCAAACAACCGGACCGGCGCGGUGAUUUGGUGUUGGAGGUGGCAGUGCGAUUCCCAGAUAAUUUGUCACAGGCAACAAAAGAGAAACUCAAGGAGCUGUUGCCCCUGUAAUCGCUACAGGGUGGGAAUCUUUUGGGGAGGGAGGGAGGGAAGGAUGAAAUAUAAAUUGUAUUGUAGUUGACUAACUGCCAGAUGGUGCCCUUCGGGGGAGGACCAGCACAGACUUGCAUUAUUAUCAUUAAGCAAGUUGCUUAAUGUACUUUUAUACAGAAGCUUUACAGAAUUGCCAGCUCUUGAGAUUCAGUACAUGCAGAUCGCACUCAGGUCACUCCAGUACAGUACUGACUGACUCUUUGUUCCAAAUUUUUAUGUUCUGUCCUUCAGUGUAAAUACUGCGACUAUUUGUAACCAAAAAUAAUGCACAGUAUACAAAGAAUUUGGCAAUUCUAUUCAAAUAUGGCGUCUCUGUAACGUGGGCUGUUACCUCAUUGUUCAAAUGACAAAUAAAACCCUAGGCUUGAAUUAUA